AUGGCCCUGGACGGCAUCAUGUACGACGGCGUGGGCGUCAGGGUGCGGCGCCCCAACGACUACAACGCCGCGGCGGCUGUCGGCCUCGGCAACAGCCAGCCCGACCCCAACCUCAACCUGGCCGCCAUCGGCCUGGGCAGCCACGCGGCGGCGGCCGCGGUGCCGGGGCUGGGCGCGGGGGGCGCGGCUACCGGCGGGGGCGGCGGCCACCACGACGACCCCAACAGGAUAUUUAUUGGCGGCCUGCCACACUACCUUACAGAGGACCAGGUGCGUGAGCUGCUGCAGUCGUUUGGUGCCAUCAGGAUCCUGGAGGUCAUCAAGGACAAGGAGACAGGCAACAGCAAGGGGUGGGUGGCCCCAGGGGCUCCCGGGAGGGGGGGGGUGUCGAGGGUGUCGAGGGUGACGAGGGGCGGCUGA